CAGACGAACGAGGAGGAAGAAAAAGAAAAGAGGAAAGAAGCAGGACGAAGAGAGUGGAGACCAAUGGAGCCUCGUACAAUGAUCAAGUGGUUGCGCUGCGUUGUAUAAGAUCGCGACAUAAAGGUGUUCCCGUGGGACGUCUCGUGGGUUACAGUGACCGAGUCACUCUGUCAUCUGUUUCCAAGAAGAGAGAGGUCGGCGGUCUCUGUGUGUAGUGUAUGAUCGCGCCAUGGGGCGUCAGUGUUGGUCCUUCACGAACGGUAGGACCUGAAUGUGUGCAUAUUUCUCCUGGCUGACUGGCCUGCCUUCCAUCGUUAAGCUGCAUCCACAACGAGAACCAAUUUUCGUGCAAGGACCGUGUCUCGGUCGUUCUUGUCAAAAACGCGAAUCGAACCAGUUAAUGAGGACUACCCGACUUCGAUCGUCCAAUCGUCUGGCAGCGAGACUGGACGAGCAUAAUCGGAUGAAGCUGGGCCAAGCAUGCCCUCUAAGAAGCAAUACAAUCUCGUGCAUAAUGACGAGUAUGACACGAGGAUACCGCUACACAGCGAGGAGGCGUUCCAUCGUGGAAUUGUCUUCCACGCCAAGUUCAUCGGCUCUAUGGAGGUUCCUCGACCGACCAGCCGAGUGGAGAUCGUGGCGGCGAUGCGAAGAAUCCGCUACGAGUUCAAGGCCAAAGGGAUCAAAAAGAAGAAAGUGACGCUGGAGGUAUCGGUGGACGGGCUGAAAGUCACUCUUCGAAAAAAGAAGAAGAAGCAGCAACAGUGGAUGGACGAAAAUAAGAUAUACCUAAUGCACCAUCCCAUAUAUAGGAUAUUCUAUGUCUCCCAUGAUAGCCAUGACUUGAAAAUUUUUAGUUAUAUUGCCCGCGAUGGAAGUAGUAACACAUUUAAAUGUAAUGUCUUCAAAUCUAGCAAGAAGAUUGAUCCACAAAUCAGACAAAUCUAAACACACCUAUGCCCUGCGAAGACAGGAACCACUUCUAACAACCAAACAAUCAGAUAAUUCAGAAUAACACUCAAAAAGAUAUAUAUUCUGCCAUCU